GGAGAACCAGCAUCAAACACACAUGGCACUCCGGCACCGGCACCGGCAAGUCAGCACCAAAACCAUCUUACUCGCAACCGUCGCCGGAAUUACAGUCGGAGGACCUCUUCUGGCCUUAAUGGCUUUCAGUUUCUUAACAACAAUGGCUCUCUUUGUAGUCACUUCUCCACUUCUCAUCAUCUUCAGUCCUCUUCUCAUGGCUGCCAGCUUUGUCUUCUUAGCAGCCUUGGUGGGGUUCGGGGCCGCAGGACUGAUGGCAAUCGCAGGUCUGUCGGCGUUGAGUUGGGUUCUCCGGUCAGUUAAAGACGACGGAUUAAAAGGUCUGAACUUGACACAGAAGUUGGUGGAGUCCGGCGAGAAACUGAAAGAGAAGGUGGUUGAGUCAGGAGAGAACGUGAUGGAUACCGGAAAAGAUUGGGUUAACCACCUGAAACAACCGGUGGAGAACUCACCGGAGAAUAAAACGGCCAACAAAGCUUCUGAAAAUGUGAAAGAUACCGGAAAAGAUUGGGCUAAUCACCUGAAACAGACGGCGGAGAACUCGGCGGAGAUUAGAACGGCAGACACAGCUUAAUUAGUAGUUCAAAUAACGAAGGGUUUAGUUUAUGAACGAAUAAGUUACAAGUGUAGUUUGGUGUGGUCUGUAAUAAUAAAAGAAUUGUUGAUCCCA